AUUAGACGCUAUGGUCUAUAACCUGAAAAUUUUAUUUAUGAACUUAGCGUGAAUUUGAAUUCCCGGAUCCGAUAAAGUGUGUGAAGUUACUAGUGAAGAACUAUUUCUGCUUUUCUAGUUGAAAAUCAGUGGAAAAUUUACUGUUAAAAUGUCCGAUACUGAAGAGAAAAUGGAUGUAUGCAACGAUGAAAGUUGUAGUGAUGAUGACAGUGUUGUAGAAGAUGAAAACACUACAGAGCAAUGUGAAAAAGAAGUAUAUAUCCCAGGAAAACCAUUGGAAGAAGGCGAAGAAUUGAUAUGUGAUCAAUCAGCAUAUAUAAUGUUACACCAAGCCCGAACAGAACUUCCAUGUUUAAGUUUUGAUAUAAUUGAGGAUAAACUUGGGCAAAACAGAGAAACAUUUCCUAUGACAUCUUACAUAGUUGCAGGUACACAAGGGCAACAAAAUCAUGCAAAUAAUAUUGUUGUCAUGAAACUGCACAAUUUAUGCAAAACAAGUAAUGACGAUGAAGAUGAUGAUGAGGAAAAUGAUGAACUCUCAGAUGAUGAAGAUGAAAUUCAAGAACCAAAAUUUGCAGCAGCGUCAAUUAAACACCAAGGUGGUGUGAACAGAAUAAGGAAUUAUAAUUAUAAUGGAACUACUCUGGUUGCAAGUUGGAGUGAACGUGGAAGAGUUAACAUUUGGGAUAUAACAGAACAGUUACAAGUUGUUGAUGAUACUCAACUGCUUAAUGCAUACAACAACCAAAAUAAAGCACAUUCUACAAAGCCCUUAUUUACAUUUAGUGGUCACCAGAAUGAAGGUUUUGCCAUGGAUUGGUCCAGAACUAUGUCAGGGGUUCUUGCAACUGGAGAUUGUAGAAGAGAUAUACAUAUUUGGAAACCAGCUGAAAACAGUUGGUCAGUAGAUCAGAGGCCAUUAGUAGGUCAUACAGAUUCUGUAGAAGACUUACAGUGGUCUCCUAAUGAAAGAGAAGUUUUAGCGUCUUGUUCAGUGGAUAGGAGUAUAAGGAUAUGGGAUAUAAGAUCCACACCCAAUGAAGCCUGCCAAUUAGUUGUUAAAGAUGCACAUAAAAAUGACGUAAACGUAAUUAAUUGGAAUAAAGCAGAACCUUUUAUACUUAGUGGUGGUGAUGAUGGUUUUUUGCAUAUCUGGGAUUUAAGGAGCAUUCGUAAUGGUACACCUAUUGCAGCUUUCAAACAUCAUUUAGGUCCUGUCACAACAGUUGAAUGGAAUCCAACAGAUCCAGCAGUGUUUGCUUCUGGUGGUGAAGAUAAUCAAAUUGCUUUAUGGGAUUUAUCUGUAGAAAUAGAUGAGGAGGCACCAGCUGAACAGAUUGGUGACUUACCACAGCAGUUGAUGUUUAUUCAUCAAGGUCAAACUAAUAUCAAAGAACUACACUGGCAUCCACAAUUGACAAAUGUUAUUAUAAGUACAGCAGAAAGUGGUUUCAACAUUUUCAGAACAAUAAGUUGUUGACAUGUUAUUAUUAGUAAAUAAAAGAUAUAAUUCGUUAUAA